UCAGACAGACUCAUAAAGUAGGCUCUCCUUAUUCACACACAGAUCAUACUGCAUUAGACCUGUGUUUGAUAGAAGAGCGGUAAUGAUGAUGUCUUGUAAAUUUCCUUUCACAGCAAACAAGAGAAUGAAGAACAGGGCGUUGAUAGUGUCUGUGGAGAACUUCUAUCCAGGUGUGGGUCUGAACAAGAGGAAUGGUGCGAAGAGAGACACUCGAAGACUUCACAAAAUCCUCAGCAAGCUCGGCUUCUCUGUGGACAUCAGAAUGGACAUCGACGCUAAUGAGAUCUAUGAAGCAUUUAAAGCAGAGAGCAAGAAGACGGUCAAAGACUGUUUUGUGGGCGUCAUAUCCAGUCACGGUGAGGAGGGUGUUGUGUUUGGCGCCGAUGGACGUGCUGUGAAACUGGCAGAGAUCUACAGUUACUUUGGAGGCCCGUCAAUGGCAGACAAGAGCAAACUCUUCCUCAUCCAGGCUUGUCGAGGGCAUGAGUUGGAUGGAGGUGCGAAGGUGGAGGCAGAUUCUUCAUUCUCAGAGGAAGAGGACGGCAUGUCUGAGCUCUUUUCCAUUCCUAUUGACACAGCAGUCAUGUACGCCACAUCUCCAGGUUACGCUGCAUUCAUGCAUCCUCUGGGCUCGGUGUUGAUUCAAACCCUCUGUGAUUUGCUAGAAAAUGAAGGAGGUCCAGAGCUGGAGAUCACAAGACUUCUGACUCGACUAAACUACCAGGUGGCCUACAACUUUGAAUCCAGAGGGAAAGUGUUGGGCGGCAAAAAGCAGAUGCCAUGUUUUGUGACCCGCUUUACCAGAGAGGUUUUCCCAUUCAUGGACAGUCAGACGGCAGCAGCAGAAGAUUUCAGCUUGACCUUUGCAGCAACACAGCUUAUCGAUGAACCCAGAAGGACACGGAAGAGCUCCAUCAGCUGAAGAUCGCAGAACAGAGACUGACUGCAAAGAACAUGUGGACAAACUGAUUCAUC